AUGACUAAGCUAACUCGCGUGUGUCUUUCGUUGCGAGCCUGCUUUUCAACCCAGGUGCGACCAUUAGCAUCGAUCCAAAGCCAAGCAGCGGUGCCAGUGGUAAGCUGCAAACGGCAACAGUUCAAUGUUUACCAGCAUGAUCUACCGGGAUCUCCGGAUCGGAUCAAGUUUGGCGAACUGCCCCUCGCUUCGGACGGGUGGCGGCAUCGUCGGUCCAAUGGAGAUUACUUCAUCAUUCACCCGGUGCAGCGGUCUUACGAAGCGUACGGUCUGAGCGAACGGACCUUCACCGAACUCGGAAUACGUGAAUCGUUGGUGGAAAAUCUUAAAAAGCAACAUGUACUCUCGCCGACACACUACCAGGUGGAAGGAAUUCAGGCAAUGCUCGACGGUAGCCAUUUGUUGUUGGCCGCUGAGACGGGUUGUGGCAAGACGUACACGUAUCUGGUGCCGGUAGUGGAACAUAUUCUGCGUCGAAAACUUCAUGAAAAGCAGCGUGAUUUUAACACUCCUCUGAUGCUGAUCGUUACUCCAGGUCGCGAACUGGCCCAACAGAUCGGUACGGUAGCGACGAAGCUUACGGAAGGGCUUGGUAUUAACACGCGCGUGGUGCUCGGUGGACGAACGAAACAACAAAUGCUGAAUCCAUCCUUCGAAGAUAUCGACAUCCUGGUGGCAAGCUUUGGAGCUAUCAGCAAGCUGAUAACAAGCGGCAUUUACCGAAUGGAGGAAGUCCGGUACGUUGUGCUGGAUGAAGCGGACACACUGUUAGAUGACAGCUUCAACAGCAAGCUACUACACCUGAUGAAGCGCUUCCCGUUCCACAAGAACCAUCUGCAGGAUCUUGGUGAGGAUAUCCACGGUACACAGAUGAUUCUAGCUGCCGCCACCAUGCCGACCAACAUGGAAGAGCUGCUGUCGAAGUUGGUGAAUGUAGCGACGAUUGAGCAAGUGGUUAGUCCCAAUCUGCACCGCCUUAUGAGCCACGUUACGCAACGAUUCAUGCGCGUACGCAAAUCAGACCGGCCACAGAUCCUGAUCGAUCUUGUGCGCAAAGAUGCGAAGCGCAACGUACCGACGAUCAUUUUCAGCAACAAAACACCGGCCUGUGACUUUGUGUCGAUGCAUUUGAACACGCACGGUUUUCCAUGCGUUAAUCUAAACGGGGACAUGAUGCUGAAACUGCGCCUGGGACAGUUUGAAAAGUUUCAGCAGGCAGAAGUGAACAUUCUCUCGACGACGGAUGUCGCUAGCCGGGGAUUGAACACGAUACGCGCGGCACACGUGAUAAAUUUCGACUUCCCGCUGUACACUGCGGAUUAUAUUCACCGGGUAGGACGUAUCGGGCGUAUCGGGAGUAGGAACGACUGUUUGGCGACGAAUUUGAUAUCGAGUCAGGCGGAAAUUGGUGCGGUACAACGGUUGGAACACGCGGCCAGAACAACCAACUUGCUGAGGAACGUCGAUGCGAACGUGAAGGGCAUAAUUAGACGAAGAAUGAUGAAGAGCAUGGGAGUACCUAAGGAAGAAAUGAUAACAAGCUAA